CUAACAUGGUGGAAGCUGCUUCACGCUGGGACGCGCGGUGCCGAGUCGCCGCGUCGCUAUGGGAGCGGCGCUGCUGCUGCUGCUGCUCGCGGUGAUCUUCACGCGACGCGGGCAGCAGGAGGCCCCGCGCACAGGGGCAGCCGCCGCCGGCUGCGCCCGCGGCGCCUUCAGGCUGCCCGGCAUGGCGCGCUGCGAGCCGCUGCUGGGCUGCACGGAGAUACGGGGCGCGGUGCGGCCCCGUGGGCUCCUGGGGCAGGGCGCCGUGAAGCAGGUUCACCUGGCGGAGUGGCGUGGCCUCACCGUGGCGCUGGCUCGACUCCGGGACCCACGCUACCGCGCCGACAUGCGGCACGGAGUGGCCAUGCUGCGCGGGCUGCAGGGCCCCCACGUGGUGCAGCUGGUGGGGGUGUGCGAGGAGGACGACGCCUUUGUGGCGGAACACCACGCGCUGGGGGCGCUCCACACGGCCGAGCGCGUGCUCCAGGGCCACGGCUGGAGGACGCGCAUGCAGGUGGCGAUGAGCUACGUGGAGGUGUUGGCAUAUCUGCACGAGAGCCCACUGGGCACGCGCGUUAUGUGCGACUCCAACGACCUGGCCAAGACACUGUCGCAGUUCCUGCUCACGUCGGAGCUGCGCGCCGUAGCCAGCGACCUGGACGCGUUGCCGCCGGUCGACCGCGGCGCCGGCCGGCUCGCCACGUGCGGCCACCGUCAGCUCGGCGGGGACUUCGUGGCGCCUGAGCAGCGGUGGCCCUACGACGAUCGGCCCUUCGAUGAGAGCGCCAUGCCGGGCUACGACGAGAAGAGCGACGUGUGGAAGGUGCCCGACGUCACGGAUUUCCUGCUGGGUGAUGCGCGGGGAAGCGACGUCGCUCGCUUCCACCUCUUCGGAGUGCACGGCCGCUGCAAGGAGCGCGAGCCGGCGCUCAGGCCCAGCGCCGGGGAGCUUGCGCGCACGUACAGGGCCCUGCUGGCAGAGCUGGAGCACGAGGAACUGUGAGAUCCACGCGGUCACACGGCCAAACAAAACUCUUUGAGUUUGUGAAGCGUCUUAUAAGUGCAACUGCAUAUAAGCAAACUAUUAGGAUGUGUUACAAAGAAGGAGGUGUGUAUGUAAUGUAUGGUGGGGUGGAGCGGUGAUGCAGUGGUUAGCGCACCACGCUGUGAACUUUGCGACCAGUUUGUUUCUCAACCGUGGCUAACAUCAGUGGCAAGUGUUGUCUGAACUGGUCCUGGGCCCCAACUCUUUGCCAACCUCCACUGACAAGCGUGAAGUAUGGCUAAACACCAUCCAAGAUUGACACAUGGGGAGGUAUUAAUUCAGAGUGGAGUUGUAAAUUGUUUAUUACGUAUAUAUUUACACACUAUUUUAAGUGAAGAGUCGGGCAACAAAGCAGAAGAGGCGUGGUCUUGAACUGAAGUUGGGAGUCUACAGCACAAGAUGGCUUUGAGCUCCACGAUCUCGAUGAUUGUUCAACUCUCAAACCCAAGUGGUGAGUCCUGCAUUUACCCAAGCUUCUUCAGAGCUGAGACUGUGCAAGCUGAAGAAAGGUCCAUCACUCCCGUUAUCAACUUGGAAUCGUAUAUGGCACCGACGGGGCCCUGCUGGCUCUCCACACUGUACCCUACACCCACGUGCCCCCUGAAUGUGUCCGCCCAUCUCGAACCUCGGGAACUAAGCAGGCUUGAGUCUGGAUAGAAUUGCCUGACAUUACAUCCCUAGCUUUUAUGUGAUAAAUGCCACAUUCAAUAAAUGAGCAAUAACAAUUGAAAAGUUUUGCACAGGAGUUACAUUUGUGUGUGAAGGCUUGAAGUAAAGGGGUUUAUUUGAGUGCAAAGUCUGUAACGUUUCGUGGACUCUCAUCAUGGGGCUACUGUGACAUUGAUCCCGUCUUGUUUGCUUUUUUUAAGAGUGAUACACGCGACCUUUGGUCCAACUUCCUCCUUCCCUCUAAUUCAGACAAAUAAUGUCACCACUGCAGUUCUCAUCGCAGUAGGCAUGCCCAGGAGACAUUGGGCUCAAUGACACGGGUGAUACCCAUUAUGGGCAAAACCAGUAUUUGUACAGGUGGAGAGGUUAUUUUCAGUCUACUGAGGCUAAAUACAAUAGUGUUUGAUAUCAUUAGUCUUUAUCGGAAUCUAAUUGAUUGUACUGUAUAUGAAUGGUAGAUAACCCUUUUUCUAAGCCUGGCUUACUCACCUGACUGGUUUCCCUUUACGGCUUUCUUCUCAGUGAUCUUUGCGAACCAUUUGUGUGUGGGCAUAGAGGCUGAUGGGCCAGUAGUUCUUCAAGUCAGUUCUAUCACCAUUAUUAUUAUUUUUUAUAGAUUUAAGAUCGAGACAGCAUUCUACGAUUGAGGUUUACUUGAUGUACAAAUAUUUUCUUGUCGGUCUGUACAUUUUGUUCCAACUGGUUCAACUUCUCUGUGGCCCUGAUCUUGCUGCGAUUACAGCGGUUGACGGAUCAUUCAAAUAUUAA